AUGAAACUAGUUUGUGUGCUGAUCGUCUUCCUCACCCACUGUGCAAGCCUUUGGGUAGCUUGUGCCGGCGAUUCCGACUCAAAGGACUAUCGGCAGCACGAAAAUGCAGCUGGCCACCAUCAUCACAAGCCAAAUCAAGUGGGAUCGCGCUUCAUCGCUUUCGAAACUGCAGGAAAACACAUCAACUUGGGCUUGGACUAUCUAUUGCCGUUUCUGGAGGUGCCCGUCAAGCGAAAGGCGAAUGGCCCUCCCAAGCCACUGGUCAUCAUCAACUCCGCGGCGAUCCUCAGCGGCGGCCUGAUUGCCGGGGCCGGCCUUCUUGUGGGUCACCUGAUCAGAAGCAUGGGCCUGGAGAGUGUGGAUGCGAAGGACGAAUCAGGUGAAAACGAGGACGGCCAUAACGCCCGCAGCUUGUUCGAUGAUGAGCAAGGUUUCCUGCAGCUGUUCGACAACUUUAAGCUGGUCUAUCGGAACGAGAGUGGCGGGCGUGUGGAGGCUGCCCUGCCCAGUUUCUUGGACACCAUUGAAAGCACUUUCCUUGAGCACAACAUCAAUCUGGGCGUUUGCAUGCUAAAGUCCAUUUGCGGUUUGGUUCGCAAGGCCAGUGACAAUGUGCUGAAUGGGGAGGCGACCGAGCUGGAGCGUGUCCUGGAUGGAGCUGCUAGCUGGUCUUGGUUGUUGACGUGGCUAGAGAAGACGGAGGUUCGCGAAGCCAUCGAUGCGGGCAGAGUGGCGCAAGUCUCCAAUUAUUGUACGGCCAAAUAUCCAAGCUGCGAGUGGGCAGCGCCAGAGGAAAAGCUUUGGAAGCUUUUCGGCACAAGCAUACAGUUUAGAUGAAGUGCAAGUG